AUGUCCACUCUAACCAAUGAUGAUGGUGCCAUGCUACAACUCCCAGCCACCCUGGCGGCUGGAUGUGCGGAAUCCUAUGGAUGGACCGAAGAGUUCACGGCAAGGGCCAUUACGGGGUAUCGCCAGUUCAUGAAACUGAAAUUGAAUCUGGAAGAUUGGGAUGCGACCCAACUGGCUCCCUCGGCUGCCGUAGAGGAAGUUUGGCAGCAGCACAUUUUGUAUACAACCCACUAUGCCAAAGCCUGUAAAGACUACACGGGAGGUCACACUAUGGAGCAUCAUCCGGAGGUUGGUUUGGACAACAACAACGAGGCAGAGUCUACCAAUAAGACGGAACGAAUCAAGACCACACAAUUGGGGAUGAAAUCUCUAUUUGGCCGCAACAAGAUGGAUGCCGAGAUUUGGGCCUUGGAUAGUGUUGGUGAUGGUGAACAACAAAAUAUCUACAAAAGUAAGAAACGACGACGACUGGAAGCAUAA